CCCUGGUUUAUGUGCCCUGCUCCUCCUCCGCUGCCGCCUCCCCUUCUUUCUCCUUCCUCCCGCCGAGCCCGCUGUUGCAGCUUGUUUGCACUGGGGCUUAUCCGGAGCGGAAAUUCCUUUCCGUUUUUGUGAAUGACAAACUCAUUAACAAUUCAUCAACACAACCUGUUCCAGCCGGCCCGUCCCCACGGCAACAGCCCCUUCCGCAGCACGCUCAUUGGCUGGUCCGGAGAAUGUAUCCAUUGAGACGCUCGCUGUUUGUAUCCAUUGAGGAGCUGCCUCGCGCAGGGGGUGUGCGAGGCUGAGUCCAAGAGAUAGUGAGCAAAUCGAGUCUUAAAUAAUCCGGGGAGAAAGACGCCCGGGUAGAUUUGAGGUGCAGCCUUGGAGGGAGGGAUUAGAAGCCGCUAGACUUUUUUUUCUCCCCUCUCAGUAGCACGGAGUCCGAAUUAAUUGGAUUUCAUUCACUGGGGAGGAACAAAAACUAUCUGGGCAGCUUCAUUGAGAGAGAUUCAUUGACACUAAGAGCCAGCGGCUGCAGCUGGGUGCAGAGAGAACCUCCGGCUUUACUUCUGUCUCGUCUGCCCCAACCGCUAGCCUCGGCUUGGGUAAGGCAAGGCGGAAUUAAACCCCGCUCCGAGAGCGGCAGCUUCGCGCGCGGUGCGCUCGGCCUAUGCCUGCCCCGAGGGGCGUCUGGUAGGCACCCCGCCCUCUCCCGCAGCUCGACCCCCAUGAUAGAUACGCUCAGACCCGUGCCCUUCGCGUCGGAAAUGGCGAUCAGCAAGACGGUGGCGUGGCUCAACGAGCAGCUGGAGCUGGGCAACGAGCGGCUGCUGCUGAUGGACUGCCGGCCGCAGGAGCUAUACGAGUCGUCGCACAUCGAGUCGGCCAUCAACGUGGCCAUCCCGGGCAUCAUGCUGCGGCGCCUGCAGAAGGGUAACCUGCCGGUGCGCGCGCUCUUCACGCGCGGCGAGGACCGGGACCGCUUCACCCGGCGCUGUGGCACCGACACAGUGGUGCUCUACGAUGAGAGCAGCAGCGACUGGAACGAGAAUACGGGCGGCGAGUCGGUGCUCGGGCUGCUGCUCAAGAAGCUCAAGGACGAGGGCUGCCGGGCGUUCUACCUGGAAGGUGGCUUCAGUAAGUUCCAAGCCGAGUUCGCCCUGCAUUGCGAGACCAAUCUAGACGGCUCGUGUAGCAGCAGCUCGCCGCCGUUGCCAGUGCUGGGGCUCGGGGGCCUGCGGAUCAGCUCUGACUCUUCUUCGGACAUCGAGUCUGACCUUGACCGAGACCCCAAUAGUGCAACAGACUCGGAUGGCAGUCCGCUGUCCAACAGCCAGCCUUCCUUCCCAGUGGAGAUCUUGCCCUUCCUCUACUUGGGCUGUGCCAAAGACUCCACCAACUUGGACGUGUUGGAGGAAUUCGGCAUCAAGUACAUCUUGAACGUCACCCCCAAUUUGCCGAAUCUCUUUGAGAACGCAGGAGAGUUUAAAUACAAGCAAAUCCCCAUCUCGGAUCACUGGAGCCAAAACCUGUCCCAGUUUUUCCCUGAGGCCAUUUCUUUCAUAGAUGAAGCCCGGGGCAAGAACUGUGGUGUCUUGGUACAUUGCUUGGCUGGCAUUAGCCGCUCAGUCACUGUGACUGUGGCUUACCUUAUGCAGAAGCUCAAUCUGUCGAUGAACGAUGCCUAUGACAUUGUCAAAAUGAAAAAAUCCAACAUAUCCCCUAACUUCAACUUCAUGGGUCAGCUGCUGGACUUCGAGAGGACGCUGGGACUCAGCAGCCCAUGUGACAACAGGGUUCCAGCACAGCAGCUGUAUUUUACCACCCCUUCCAACCAGAAUGUAUACCAGGUGGACUCUCUGCAAUCUACGUGAAAGACCCCACGCCCCUCCUUGCUGGAAUGUGUCUGGCCCUUCAGCAGUUUCUCUUGGCAGCAUCAGCUGGGCUGCUUUCUUUGUGUGUGGCCCCAGGUGUCAAAAUGACACCAGCUGUCUGUACUAGACAAGGUUACCAAGUGCGGAAUUGGUUAAUACUAACAGAGAGAUUUGCUCCAUUCUCUUUGGAAUAACAGGACAUGCUGUAUAGAUACAGGCAGUAGGUUUGCUCUGUACCCAUGUGUACAGCCUACCCAUGCAGGGACUGGGAUUCGAGGACUUCCAGGCGCAUAGGGUAGGACCAAAUGAUAGGGUAGGAGCAUGUGUUCUUUAGGGCCUUGUAAGGCUGUUUCCUUUUGCAUCUGGAACUGACUAUAUAAUUGUCUUCAAUGAAGACUAAUUCAAUUUUGCAUAUAGAGGAGCCAAAGAGAGAUUUCAGCUCUGUAUUUGUGGUAUCAGUUUGGAAAAAAAAAUCUGAUACUCCAUUUGAUUAUUGUAAAUAUUUGAUCUUGAAUCACUUGACAGUGUUUGUUUGAAUUGUGUUUGUUUUUUCCUUUGAUGGGCUUAAAAGAAAUUAUCCAAAGGGAGAAAGAGCAGUAUGCCAGUUCUUAAAACAGAACAAAACAAAAAAAGAAAAUUGUGCUCUUUUCUAAUCCAAAGGGUAUAUUUGCAGCAUGCUUGACUUUACCAAUUCUGAUGACAUCUUUACGGACACUAUUAUCACUAAGACCUUGUUAUGGCGAAGUCUUUAGUCUUUUUCAUGUAUUUUCCUCAUUAUUUUUUUCUCUUUAUGUAGUUUGACUAUGCCUUACCUUUGUAAAUAUUUUUGCUUGUAUUGUCGCAAAGGGGAUAAUCUGGGAAAGACACCAAAUCAUGGGCUCACUUUAAAAAAAGAAAAAAAGAAUAAAAAAACCUUCAGCUGUGCUAAACAGUCUAUUACCUCUGUAUAAAAUUCUUCAGGGAGUGUCACCUCAAAUGCAAUACUUUGGGUUGGUUUCUUUCCUUUAAAAAAAUUUGUAUAAAACUGGAAGUGUGUGUGUGAGCAUGGGUACCCAUUUGAUAAGAGAAAUGCAUUUGAUUGUGAAGAAGGGAGAGUUAAAUUCUCCAUUAUGUUCGUGGUGUAAAGUUUUGAGCUGGAAUUUAUUAUAAGAAUGUAAAACCUUAAAUUAUUAAUAAAUAACUAUUUUGGCUA